GAGGUUCAGCAGCAAAUUGGUGCCAUCAUGCACCUCGAGUGUUCCGCGGUGACGCGAGCAAAUGUGAAAACCGUCUUUCAGCUGGCUGCCAUGGCCGUCCUCAACGCAGAGAAGCCACACCGACCCAGUAUUUUGGGGAGUCUCACGCACAACAAACAGACACCAUCCAAGAGACGCAGUUCAAAAAUUGACCGCUCCAAGAUUUGUUGCUUUCCGUUUAAGUAA